UCUUCCUUCCGGCCGGGCGGCUCGUGCGCGGCGGCACCAUGGCGCUCUACAACUUUAAGAAGAUCACAGUGGUUCCGUCCGCCAAGGACUUCAUAGACCUGACGCUGUCCAAGACGCAGCGGAAAACUCCGACCGUCAUCCACAAGCAUUACCAGAUCCAUCGCAUUCGCCAGUUUUAUAUGCGGAAAGUCAAGUACACUCAGCAGAAUUACCACGACCGCCUCACCCAGAUCUUAACCGACUUUCCCAAAUUGGACGAUAUCCAUCCCUUUUAUGCAGAUUUGAUGAAUGUUCUCUAUGACAAAGAUCAUUAUAAAUUGGCAUUAGGACAGAUUAAUAUUGCCAAGAAUCUGAUUGACAACGUUGCCAAGGAUUAUGUGCGACUAAUGAAAUAUGGUGAUUCCCUUUACCGCUGCAAACAACUGAAACGUGCUGCUUUGGGACGGAUGUGCACGAUUAUCAAAAGACAAAAACAAAGUUUGGAAUAUUUGGAGCAAGUGCGACAGCAUUUGUCCCGUUUACCAACCAUUGAUCCAAAUACACGAACUCUACUGUUGUGUGGCUACCCAAAUGUUGGAAAGUCCAGCUUUAUAAAUAAGGUGACAAGAGCAGAUGUAGAAGUACAGCCUUAUGCCUUUACUACCAAAUCCCUCUUUGUAGGACAUAUGGAUUAUAAGUAUCUGCGUUGGCAGGUGGUGGAUACUCCUGGUAUUUUGGAUCAUCCUUUGGAAGAAAGGAACACCAUUGAGAUGCAGGCUAUAACAGCACUUGCGCAUCUUCGUGCUGCUGUGCUGUAUGUAAUGGAUGUGUCUGAGCAGUGUGGACAUAGCCUGGAGGAGCAACUAGAACUCUUCAGAAAUAUUAAACCACUUUUUGCUAACAAGCCACUUAUAGUUGUAGCGAACAAGUGUGAUGUGAAGAGGAUCUCAGAACUUCCUGAGGAAAACAAGGAUAUUUUUGAAAAUUUAGAAGCAGAAGGCUUUCCUGUAAUAGAAACAAGUACUCUAACAGAAGAAGGGGUAAUUAAAGUUAAAACAGAGGCUUGUGACAGACUACUGGCCCAUCGGGUUGAAACCAAAAUGAAAGGAAAUAAAGUGACUGAAGUGCUGAAUCGAUUACAUCUUGCUGUGCCAUCCAAAAGAGAUCACAAGGAAAGGCCACCUUUCAUUCCUGAGGGAGCAGUAACACGGAAGAAACAAAUGGAAGUAGAUUUACCUAAAAAGAAAACCGAAAGGGAUCUUGAAGUGGAAAUGGGAGAUGAUUAUAUUUUAGAUCUACAAAAAUAUUGGGACCUAAUGAAUCCAUCUGAAAAAUAUGAUAGGAUACCAGAGAUCUGGGAAGGUCAUAAUAUAGCUGACUAUAUAGACCCUGAUAUAAUGAAGAGACUGGAAGAGCUGGAGAAAGAAGAAGAGCUGAGACGAGCUGCUGGGGAAUAUGACAGUGAACCAGAAAGCGAAGAUGAAGAAAUGAUGGAAAUCAGACAGCUGGCGCAACAGAUUCGAGAAAAAAAGAAGCUGAAAAUUCUAGCAUCUAAGGAGAAAAAUACACAGGGUCCAAGGAUGCCUAGAACAGCUAGGAAGGUCCAGCGGAAGAUGCUAGAGAAAGAGAUGAAUGAUCUUGGUCUUGACAUGGGUAAUAAAAAUGAGGCACAUUACGCAGUCCAAGCAAGAUCCAGGAGCGUUACAAGAAAACGGAAACGUGAAGCAUCUGAACCUCCUACAUCUGUAGCGCGCAGUCGCAGUUCAUCUCGCCCGCCACGUGAUACGUCUGGUCUUCGUGAUACUAAGAUGGUGAAGAAGGUUAAGACUAUCAUGAAGAAUUCUCAGAAGAAAAUGAAUCGCCUGGGCAAGAAAGGAGAAGCAGAUAGACAUGUGUUUGACCUGAAACCUAAACACUUACUGUCUGGCAAAAGGAAAUCUGGUAAAACACAAAGACGAUAAAGCAUUCUUCUGAAUUAAAACAUAUCUAUAUGAAAAUUCU